AUGGUGAACCUGGAUGUCGAAAAGACUCUCUCUGAGCUGAACUUGGACGAAAAGAUCGCUCUGACAGCCGGUACCGACUUCUGGCAUACAGUGCCUAUAGAGCGCCUCAACAUCUCCUCCGUGCGCACUUCCGAUGGACCAAACGGUGUUCGUGGAACUCGCUUUUUCAAUGGUGUUCCCGCGGCAUGUUUGCCAUGCUCGACUGCUCUGGGCUCAACAUGGGAUGUCAAUCUUGUGGAACAGAUUGGAGAACUCCUGGGUGAUGAAGCCCGAGCUAAAGGCGCACAUGUCUUGCUAGGCCCUACAAUAAAUAUCCAGCGAUCUCCCCUAGGAGGUAGAGGAUUUGAAUCCUUUUCCGAAGAUGGUCUUCUCUCCGGUAUUUUGGCAGGUUAUUACUGUAAAGGCGUGCAGUCCAAAGGUGUCGGCGCGACCCUAAAGCAUUUUGUCUGCAAUGACCAGGAACAUGAGAGAAUGGCUGUAGAUACCAUUGUUACACCCCGCGCUUUGCGCGAGAUUUAUUUGCUGCCUUUUCAGCAAGCCCUCCGCAUCUGUCAGACCAAGUGCUUCAUGACCGCGUAUAACAAAGUGAACGGCUAUCACGUGAGUGAAAAUGGUAGCAUUAUUGACGAUAUCUUGCGCAAGGAGUGGAAAUGGAAUGGUCUUAUUAUGAGCGAUUGGCAAGCGACCAUCCCCUUUUUACGUUCACAGCUUCUCCCUAACAAUAAUCAUUAUAGGUUCGGUACGUAUAGCACUUCUGAAGCAAUCAAUGCCGGGCUGGAUCUCGAAAUGCCUGGACCGACCCGCUGGCGAGGAAGUAUUUUAUCCCAUGCCGUAAAUUCUAGAAAAGUGGCCGAGCAUGUUCUCGAUGAAAGAGUGCGAAACGUCCUCAAGCUGGUCAACUAUGCCGAAGAGUCCAAGAUCCCCUUUAACGCCGAAGAAAAGGGCCUCAAUAGACCUGAAGAUCAAAAGCUCCUCCGCAGAGCUGCUGCUGAGUCUAUAGUGCUACUAAGAAAUAACGGAAACGUGCUCCCGUUCGACAAGAACAAGUCCAUCGCAAUUAUAGGGCCGAACUCGAAAGUUGCGUCCUACUGCGGUGGCGGUUCAGCUGCCCUCCCAGCCUACUAUGCAGUAACCCCAUUUGAAGGUGUGAGCAAGGCAAGCAAGGCCGAGGUCUCAUUCGCACAGGGCGCUUACGCUCAUCAGUGCUUGCCUCCCUUAGGACCGUUACUGAAGACUGUUGAUGGGGACAAGCGUGGCUUCAGCUUCAAAGUGUACCUUGAACCGUCCGAAGAGAGGAACAAGGACACCAAGGCUGUAGAUGAGUUGCAUCUCAUCAGCUCGACGGGAUUCCUCGCUGACUACAAAAACCCACAUCUCAAAUCUGACCUUUUCUAUGCUGAGAUGGAGGGCGUAUUCACCCCGGAAGAAGACGGCUUAUACGAUUUCGGUGUUACAGUCAUUGGCACUGGAGGACUCUAUAUUGACGGCGAGCUUGUGGUGGAUAAUUUCACCAAGCAACGACAAGGAACUGCCUUCUUUGGUAGCGCAACAGUGGAGGAGUACGGAACAAAGGAGCUCAAGGCUGGUACUCCAUAUAGGGUCAUGUUCAAAUACGGCAGCCGACCCACGUCAAAAUUGGAAAACCGAGGUGUCAUCGACUUUGGCCCGGGCGGGUUUGCCUUUGGUGCAAGUAAGCGUCGUGAUUUGGAGGAGUCUAUUCAGGAGGCAGUAGACCUGGCAUCAAAGGUCGACCAGGUCGUUAUUGUUGCAGGGUUGAAUGGUGAAUGGGAAACCGAGGGCCAUGACAGAGAGCAUAUGGAUCUGCCACCGGGCAGCGACGAAUUGAUUUCUCGUGUGCUCGACGUCAACCCAAAUGCGGCCGUCAUCAUCCAAAGCGGCACUCCUGUGACCAUGCCCUGGAUAGAAAAGGUCAAUGUCCUAGCCCAGGCAUGGUUCGGAGGAAACGAGCUCGGAAACGGCCUUGCGGAUGUUCUAUACGGCGAUGUGAACCCAUCUGGGAAAUUAUCGUUGAGUUUCCCUGUCCGUCUUCAGGACAGCCCAUCGUAUAUCAACUUUGGUUCUGAGAGAGGCCGAGUUCUGUACGGUGAGGAUGUGUAUGUGGGUUACCGCUACUUUGAAAAAACCGCAACCCGUACCCUAUUCCCAUUUGGUUAUGGGUUGUCGUACACUGCCUUUGACCGAUCAGACCUCUCGUUGCAGGUAGACUCAGAGAAAGAAGUUCUAGAAGACGGCGAGAUGGUCACAGCUUCUUUGACUGUGACUAAUUCGGGAUCAGUUGCCGGCGCAGAGACAGUGCAGCUCUGGAUUCAGCCUCCCAAGAUCGCAAAUAUCCAGCGACCCAUCCGUGAGCUCAAGGGGUUUACAAAAGUGUUCCUACAGCCUGGAGAGAAAAAGAAAGUUUCUAUCUCGGUAGAGAAGAAGAUAGCAACCAGCUUUUGGGAUGAAAUUCGGAAGUCUUGGGCAUCAGAGAGUGGUGAUUACACAGUUUUGAUUACGGGAACCGGAGAUGAGGUGCUUUCUGCUCCACUCACUGUUGAGAAGAGUCGGUAUUGGCUUGGUCUGUAG